AUGAAAAAAACGACUAAGACUAAACCUAAAAAUACAAACAAAUCGAAAAACUCAGACCUAACUAAAGCUAAGCCUAAAACAAAAAAGCAACUAGGUGAUGAGUUGAAAAAAGCACGCAUGGCCCAGUGGAAAACCUGUGAGCCAUCAUUUUUAAUGGUUAUGGACUGUGAUCCAAUCCCACCAUCGGAUGAAGCUAUGGAAUGUGAGACCCCAGUUGAUUUUUUCUCCUUAUUUUUUAAUAACGCCCUUCUUGAUCAUAUUUGCGAACAAAGCAACUUGUACGCUUUGCGAAAAAAUGUCAACCUAAAUUUGACAAAUGAAGAAUUACUUGUGUUUUUUGGAGGACUGUUGCUCUCUGGCUAUGUCAAGUACCCCAAUAAGAGACUCUACUGGUCUAAAGAAAAUGAUGCUCCAGCACUGUUAAGUGAAAGUAUUCGCUGCAACAGAUUCGAACAAAUUCUUAGGUUCCUACACCUGAAUGACAACAACAACCUUGACACUUCUGAUAGGCUCUAUAAGCUCAGGCCAUACAUCGAUAGCUUGAGUAAUUCUUUUUUGCAUCAUGGUGGUCUUGAUGAAAACUUGUCAGUAGAUGAAAGUAUGAUACCAUAUUAUGGUCGGCACUAUGCCAAGCAAUUUAUCAGGGGAAAACCAAUCCGCUUUGGCUUCAAAAAUAAGGCUCUCUGCUCGUCCUCUGGCUACUUAGUUGCAUUUGACAUAUACACAGGUAAAGAUACAGAUCGAUUGGACAAGUUUGGCCUAAGAGGAGAUGUUGUUAUGAGACUAGUUGAAAAGGCCCAAGUCCCUGCCAAUAGUGGGCACAAGUUAUACAUAGACAACUAUUUCACAUCAGUACCUCUAAUCAAACAUUUAGGAAGUACAGGUAUUUGUGCCACAGGUACACUGAGGGCAGAUAGAACGGAACACUGCACGGUGAAAAGUAUCAAAGACUUGCAGAACGAAGAAAGAGGAUCUUUCGAUUUUCGUACUGCCGAGAAUAUCAUGGUUGUACGCUGGCAUGAUAAUAGUGUAUGUACAGUUGCUACGAAUUGCGAAAAUUUCUCUGUCGGGAGAGCAAGUCGCUGGUCACGGGAACAAAAAGCCAAGGUACAGGUGCCACAACCAACUGUAUUUUCAAAGUAUAACAAGGGAAUGGGGGGAGUGGACUUGUUGGACCAAGGCAUUGCUGCAUACAGGACGAGGAUCCGACAAAAGAAAUGGUGGUGGCCAAUAUUCAUCUAUCUGUUUGAUGCAUGUGUGGUAAAUGCUUGGCUUCUCAACAGGAAACUUUUGCCUGCAGAUUUAGCAAUUCAUCAGCUCCUAAAAGUUUCGGAGGAAUUUGGCUAUCACGCUACUAAAGAAAUAUGGAAAACCAUCAUAUCAAAGAACACAGCCUAA